AAUAUUUUCGUCGUGCUCCGGUGUGAAUCCGUCCGCGUAAAGUAUUGCCACGCAUAAUUCGACUAAAGUCGCGUUCUCGGUCGCCGUCCGACGGAUUCCACUCCGUAACCGGAGGCAACCCGCAGCAGGACCGCUAUGUGUGCCGUCCACUGAUCUCGAUUGUCCGUCCGACAAAGCGGAGAAAACCAUCCCAAAAAGGCUACUGCGCCGUAUCACCGACGAACCGACUCGCAACAACUGGCAAAGCGGAGCGCAAGGCACACUGUCGGGCGUCCGGACUUCUGUACCCUCUUUCCCGUAUUUCACUGCCCAUCACCCAACGGAAACCGUGCCAGCUGCCCUUGCAGAAGGCGUAGCGGUUUGCUUUCUUUUUUUUCCUUUUUUCUACCUUUUCUUUUCUGCAAAACCGUCGGAAAGCUGGAUUAUUCAAUAGUCUUCGAAGCGAUGGCUGACCGACUCACUCAGCUACAGGACACGGUGAACCAGCAAGCGGAACACUUUUGCAACAGCAUCGGCAUUCUACAACAGUGCUCGGUACCGAGCAAGUUCGCCGGUUUUGAGCGUACCGGAUCCCAAACGCCUCAGCAGCAAAUCCAGCCGCAGGAAGACUACCCGCAACUAUUCUCCACCCUCAUCUCGCGGUGCGCCAAGGACAUUGACACACUCAUCGAAUCUCUGCCGAGCGAGGAGAGCUCCAUCGAACUGCAGGUGCAGUCACUGCAGAGGCUCGAGGCCGAGAACAAGGAGUCGGCCGAAAAGCUGGAGGAGGUCGUACGGAAGGGCGAGAUGCUGCUGGAGAAGAUUCAGGCCGCGCUCAGCGACAUCGCACAGUCGCAGCUGGACAUGCAGUACUCGUCCUAGGCAGGCGCCCGCUGGAUGACUGCUUCCUGCCUGACGAGCUUCCGGUGUGCUAGAUAUUUAGUCAAUUGGGAAACGAUUUUAGCCGUAGACAUUCGAACGAACAAGAAGUAGCGUGCAGUGGUGCUUCUAGGGACUCGGAUAUUAAGGGAAGGCUCGCUGUGCUCUACCUUCUGCUGCCGAUCGACUUUGUUCGGUGGCUCUGGUGUUACCUCUUGCGGCGCGUGCGGUUCAUGUAAGAAAUUCCGUCGAUGGAAAAUUGUAAAGAAUAAGGACGCAAUGUACUUCUUAUGAUCAUCGAUGUUUGAUCACCAUUAUGACUUCUUAUGACCAUUGACUUUUGUGUGAAACGGUGAAAGAAAUUCAAAGAAAUAACAAUCCGUUAUAACAGCAUCGCCAGUUCGGGUCCAAGAUAAGCUGAAAACAUUCAGAAUGAACCGUGAUGGAACCGUUUCUCAAAUAACAACCAGAUAGAAAGCAGCGGCAAUCGUACACGGUGUCGGAGUAUCUUUUAUAGUUUAGCGAUUUGUUCGUUAUUGGUUUUAAAGUAUUUCACUAAACAUACUGGUUUAAUUUUAGCUAUCGUUCAAAGAUUAAAUCUCCUUUUCAAAUUUUAUAUUAUAUUUCACACUUUCGUGGUUUUUAAACUGAUACACGUUCCUCCGCCAAUGCGCUAUUGCUUCACUUUCUACAUUCGAACCACUAUGUGAACAUUUCAUCGGGAAAAACGGAUAACAGAAGAUGGAUUUUAACAUACUAUACAGUGGGUGGGAAAACCGAUAAAAGCGUAGGACAACGCGGCAACUCCUGAGCACUAAAAGCAUUGGGCAGCCAGUCGAAUGCUUUUCCAGUAUUCAAAUGAACUAAGCAUAAAAUGGCGAAAGAUCUGACCUGAGGAUGUAACCGAAAAGGCCACAACGGACCGUAACAGAUGGACCAAGAGUAAAAUGUAGAAUAAAGGCGACGAUCAAAAG